GUGUUAUAUAUUUUAUGCGGCUUUCAACACUGGUGCGACCGACAUUGGGCAUCAUUUUCGUUGUCUUGACAUGCCUCGAAGCAUUGGGACUUUAUUGGUUCCUCAAAGGAUUCCUCUUGACCCGUCAAACUCUGGAUCUUCGAGGUCAUCGUUACGAUCCUUGGGAACGCCUUAAUAUCCGCUAUAAUGAUACCGACACCGUCAGUGCAGAUACGCUGAGAAGCGGCUCAGUGCCUGCAAAGCCUCCUUUUCAACGUACCGUCAUCGUGCUCAUUGACGCGCUGCGAUUCGACUUUAUUCUCAACAUGACCGACAUCACAGGUCCCCGCUACUAUCUCAAUCAGCUACCAGUGAUUCAACAGACGCUACAGACGCAUCCGACUUCAUCGUUACUUUUUCAAUUCCGAGCCGACCCGCCGACCACAACCAUGCAACGUGUGAAAGGCCUGAUGACGGGAUCGCUUCCCACCUUUAUCGACGCCGGAGCCAAUUUUGCCACGUCAUCUGUGGGCGAAGAUCACUUGUUAUACCACCUUCAUCAACGCUACAAAGACAUUUAUUUCAUGGGUGAUGAUACCUGGGUCAAUUUGUUUCCAGAGGUGUUUGAUCGCCCUGAUCGUACCUUUGACAGCGACAGCUUCAAAAUGUUUGACCUGCAUACAGUGGACAAUAACAUUCUUUCCCAUCUUUGGCCCUUGAUGGAAGGCGACACAUCGUGGGAUUUGGCCAUCGCCCAUUUCUUGGGCGUCGAUCACUGCGGUCAUACCUAUGGCCCGUCGCACCCUAAUAUGGCCAAGAAAUUGACGCAAAUGAAUGGCGUCCUGGAACGACUCAUGACGCAUAUCGACAAUGAAACGCUCCUAGUGGUCAUGGGCGAUCACGGCAUGUCGGUAGAAGGGGAUCACGGCGGUGAAAGUGUGGAAGAAUUGAUGAGUGGAUUAUUUCUGUAUUCGGGACGUGAUUUGACCAUGGCACGCGAAACAGGAGGCCAGCCUACUUAUUACGCCAUCCUUUCCCAACGUAUUCAUCAGCAACGGGCCGACAUUCUGGGAUUGGAUUUUGAUGCGAUAUCACAGCGAUUACUGUACCCUGCGAAUGCGUCGCAAUACCCGGUGGUCUCUCAGAUCCAUCUGGUUCCGACCUUGUCUUAUCUUCUUGGCGUGCCCAUCUCCUUUGGUAACUUGGGAGCCAUCAUUCCCGAGCUGUUGUACCCAUCCGACUCCACCGACCGUCUGCGGACUUUGUUGCAUUUCGUGGAACAGUUUCGUAUCAAUGCAUUGCAAGUAUAUGACUACUUGCAUUAUUAUUACGAUCAUACGGCCCAUCCUGGAUUUGCCCCUUCAAAGUUACAAACGAGUUUGGAAAACAUGUUCGCAGCGGACGACAUAAUGACCCAGCUCUCCAGCAACCCUGUGUUCAAAGCGGCCCUUGACGGUGAAGCGAUAGACGAAGCGAGCCGAAUGGAUCUGACAAGGCAAUUGGAACAGGCUAUUCUGUCGUACAAUGCAUUUUUACUGCACAUCAUCAAAUACUGCGGAAUGAUUUGGGCUCAGUUCGAUGUAGGCUGCAUGACGGUGGGAAUCGUUGUCCUGAUCCUCAGUACCUGCGCGGCGAUCUGGUUACUGUAUCGUCCUCAAGCGACACUUAGACAGGUCGCUGUGACAGGUUUCAGCAGUUUCUGCUUUGUGCUGACUCUGGUCGGUUUUCGGUACAGCUUUCUGUAUACAACACUGCGCGACUAUGGAUGGUUUGAAAAAAUGCAGUUAUUCGACUGGCUGGGAGCGGCAUUGGCGGUGACCGCCGCCACCGUAAUGUUCACUUUACGUUAUCGGCAAUCGGUUCAGUUUGCCACAGAUCUGUGGCAUCGGUGGGAUUGGCCCAUCGUCUUGGUGACAGUGCUAUGCAACGCAUUGACCCUGGGAUCCAACAGCUUUGUCAUUUGGGAAGAUCGUGGCAUGCGGUUUGUCACCGUGACACUGUGCGUGUGGUGGGCAGUACGAAGCGUGUUCAACGAUACCAAACUUCGAUCCCUCAUGCCGCCACUCUUGACCGCUCUAUGGAUACGCAUAACAAGCAUGACUGGACAAUGUCGCGAAGAGCAAUUCCCUUAUUGCGAUUACAUUCACAACGGUUAUCUUUCUCUGGGGCACUCCAUGGAUAUUCGAGCACAACUGCCAACCCUCUCGUUCAUUUUAGUCUGCGUGUUACAAGUGGUUUAUGCACUACCUCGACUGUUCCAGCGACAGCUGAAAGGUCGUGUUUCCAGUCUGAUCUUGAUGAUGUACCGAUGUUCUCUUGUAAUCGUCCUGCUUCAUACGGUAGUUGACAUUUACGACAGUUCUCAAGCCACGACCGAAGCCCCCGACUCUUCCUCGCUGUCCGCACUCUUCAACCAAUGGGUCCAAGUAUAUCUGCCACGGGUGGUCUAUGUCAACUCUAUUGCGAGUAUGGGCAUUUGCUUGUACGAGUCAAGGUCGUCGCGAUCAGGGGCAAAGCAUCAUUCAAAUCGCGAUGUCAGUUGGGUUCUUUUGUUCGCAUGGAGUGUCACGUUGGCAAUGCUGCAAAGGCCGCUGGGAGCCUGUAUUGUUCUCGGCGUACCUUACAUUGUGUCCCUGUUAACUCGUGGAACCCGGUCGACACUGCUCAUUCGACUGCUGCUGCUCCAUUACCUUGGACAGCACUUGUUUUUCGUUACAUCGCAUCAAUCGACGUUGACUUCCUUGCCUUGGAAAGCAGCAUUUGUUGGUUUUGACGAUAUGAAUUACUACUGCGGUGCCACGCUGGUCAUUUUAUCGACAUUGGCGGGUUUCUUGCUUUCAUGGUUAGGCUGGGCGGUUCUUCUUGCAACAGAAACUACAACAACCACGCCCGACAGGAAAUGCGAUCAGCAAGACGUCCCUCGGUGUCUCUUUCUCCUAGUACUCGCGCAGUCCAUCCCAACUUUCUUAUCGUCCAUUUUUGUCCUCAUUUUGCGCCGCCACCUAAUGACAUGGAAAAUCUUUGCACCCCGUUUCUUACUACAAGCCAUGCUAUCCAUUGGAUCCCAUUUGGCGUCUGUAUUUAUAAAAUCACUACUAUAAACUUUUCAAUUUCAUAGAAUUUUUUUGUACACAUACUUUUCUUUAUCAUCUUGUACGCUUAUGCCCCGGUUUCUCUAUACAAAAAAAUUAAAUAAUAGCGUUACGCAACAGACAAUGGAAAAUUAUAUAAAAAAGAAAAACGCAAAU